GUAAACAUCAGUCGAUAGCGAACUAUCACAGAGAGAUCUUAGCAGCUGAAAUAUAAAAAUCAGCUUUUACUUUGUGCAGUUCUCUCUCUCUCUUCCUCAAGAUGAAGGUUGCUUUCGUUCUGGCCUUGUGCCUGUUGGCGGGUACGUUCGUCCGCUCCAUUCCCCUGGAUGUCUCCUCACAGGAUGUGGCUGAGAUCAACCAGGAUGCUGUCGAGUUCAGUGAGCGUGAUGCCGCCGAGGAGCUGGAGGCGCUCAACGACGAAGAUAUGAUGUCAGAUGAGCUUUUUGAGGACGAAGAUGAAGAUGCCGUUGACGAUUUCGAACAAGAUGAAGACUCCGUUGAUGACUUCGAAGAAGAUGAGGAUGAUGAUGACGUCAUGGACGAUGAUGAGGAUGAGGAUGACGUCGACGAGGACGAGGAUGAGGAUGACGUAGAGUAUGACGAGGAUGAAGAUGACGAGGCCGAUGAGCUGGACAUGGAGGAUAACGAGGCUGGGUACACGCCAAAGGGUGGUGACGUCACUGUGUUUGCUGGUGGCUCAGAUGAUGACGGAACUGGUGGACUUGACGGCAGCAUUGACGAUGGUCUUGGCAGUGACGAGGGUGCAGCAGGCGGUGAUGACAGUCAGGAAGGCGGAGACACAGACUUGGGCAGUGAUGAUGGUGGCGAUGUUGGUGGUGCGUCCGAUGAUGGCGCUGGUGGUGAUGGAUUCGAGGUCGAGUCCCAGGACGACAGUGGAGUAAGUUCGCCCGCAGUGCCUAGCUUCCCUGUCCAUCCCGGUAGAGUCCGCCGCCCACGCCCACCCACGAUCCUUCCCAAGCGUAAAUACUAUGGUGGACGCCGUGUGGGAAACCGCCGAAACAACCGCCGAAACAACCGACGCAACAACAGCCGCAACAACCGCCGCAGCAGCCGACGCAGCAGCAACCGCCGAAGCAACCGCCGAAGCAGCAGCCGCCGAAGCAGCAUCCGACGCAACAACCGAAAGAACAGGCGCACCGGAGGUCGGAAGAACACCCGCAGAUCUGGAAAUCGCCGUACCUCACGUGCCAAGUACUACGCUCUAAAAGGCUAAAUCAGACUCUUUCGGCCGAUCACACUUUACCACACUGCAGUGAUCGCACAGCAAGCUAUCAAUGCACGGCUGUACUAUUCCUAUCGCAGAAUAUUUCCAGCAGCAUACUAAGCAAACUUGCAUGCUACACGUACACGUGUGUGUGUAUUCGCUGAUGCAUGACCUGAGUGCGGUGAGUGCACGUUACAUGUACGUACAAUACACGUGACUUUUUGCUGUGCUGCUGAACAGAUUAUCAGAAAAACAUAAUCGUAUUAUAAAUCCCACUAUACCAAUAACAAACACCCUAUAAUUUAUGAUCCCGGCAAGCUGGUUUCCGCUCCCUCUUCCUGGCCACACGCUCCCCUCUCUCCCCUGCAACUAUCGUCUCUUCACCUGGCGCACAUUUUUCUUGCUUCUUCUUUUUUAGCACAGCACAAAAUCAUGCCGCAGCACUACUCUCAUGUUGUGUUUUAAAGGACAAGAAAAUUUACCUUUCUUA